GCGAUGGGUGCUGCAACAAUUAAUUCAGGAAAACUCCUUGCCCAGUCUUGUGACUAAAGGAAACUUGGGAGCAGCACCUGUGGAGAGAAUUCAUCGACUAGUGCAGGAGGAAAUGAAUGUCUGCUCCGAAGCUGCUGGGAGAUAUCCAAGCAACUACAACGCCUGGUCCCAUCGCAUCUGGGUUUUACAGCAUUUGGGAAAGCUGACUGUCAAGGUUCUCCUCGAUGAACUUUCGUCCACCAAAUAUUGGGUAUCCAUGCAUGUCUCAGACCAUAGUGGAUUUCAUUACCGUCAGUUCUUACUGAAGUCCUUAAUAGGCAGAACUGCAACUGACAAUAAUGUACUGGUACAAAAUCAAAUGGUAAAUGAGCAAAACCCUAGCCUUGAAAAGGAGGAGGAGAGUGCAGGGGCAGAAGCUGCCUUUGCAGAGGAGCAGAGCGUGGAUCUCCCCUGCCGUUUAGAGGAAGAGUUGGAGCUCUGCACUGAACUGAUUGAUAGUUACCCAGGGCAUGAAACCUUGUGGUGUCAUAGAAGACGCGUGUUCUACCUGCAGCACCACGUAAGCAACAGACUUCCUCUUCUUAGUGCAGCGGUAUCAUCUGUGGACGGCAGUGAUGAAACUCUGAAUAAUUCCCACCACAGUCCUACAACAAGUCACAUGGCACAAGCUAUGGAUGUUGAUGGUUUGAAUGAAUCCAGCAGCAAACAAGGCUAUACCCAAGAAACAAAACGCCUCAAGCGUGCUCCUUUGCAGGACUCUCUUGGUCCAGAAAUGGAAUACCGCUUCAUUGAUAAAGUGUUAGCAACCUGUAGGGAUGUGGACCAAGCCAGGUUUGCUACUGCUUAUAGGAAAUGGUUAGUUACUUUUCUAGGUCAGUGAGGAAGAGUUUAAAGCCUUCAGGGUUCUUCUUUUAGUGCAAUAUUCUCUUUUCAGUCACAAAUGCAUGUCUUGGUUGAAAGUGUUAGCUAACCAUGUGUUUCUCACUCUUCUGAUUGUCAGUCCUAAA